GCCCCGCAGCCCACCAUGUCUCGCCGCAAGCAAGGCAAACCCCAGCACUUAAGCAAACGGGAAUUCUCGCCCGAACCUCUUGAAGCCAUUCUUACAGAUGAUGAACCAGACCACGGCCCGUUGGGAGCUCCAGAAGGGGAUCACGACCUCCUCACCUGUGGGCAGUGCCAGAUGAACUUCCCAUUGGGGGACAUUCUUAUUUUUAUCGAGCACAAACGGAAACAAUGCAAUGGCAAUCUCUGCUUAGAAAAAGCUGUGGAUAAGCCACCUUCCCCUUCACCAAUCGAGAUGAAAAAAGCAUCCAAUCCUGUGGAGGUUGGCAUCCAGGUCACGCCAGAGGAUGACGAUUGUUUAUCAACGUCAUCUAGAGGAAUUUGCCCCAAACAGGAACACAUAGCAGAUAAACUUCUGCACUGGAGGGGCCUCUCCUCCCCUCGUUCUGCACACGGAGCUCUAAUCCCCACGCCUGGCAUGAGUGCAGACUAUGCCCCGCAGGGUAUUUGUAAAGAUGAGCCCAGCAGCUACACAUGUACAACUUGCAAACAGCCAUUCACCAGUGCAUGGUUUCUCUUGCAACACGCACAGAACACUCAUGGAUUAAGAAUCUACUUAGAAAGCGAACACGGAAGUCCCCUGACCCCGCGGGUUGGUAUCCCUUCAGGACUAGGUGCAGAAUGUCCUUCCCAGCCACCUCUCCAUGGGAUUCAUAUUGCAGACAAUAACCCCUUUAACCUGCUAAGAAUACCAGGAUCGGUAUCGAGAGAGGCUUCGGGCCUGGCAGAAGGGCGCUUUCCACCCACUCCCCCCCUGUUUAGUCCACCGCCGCGACAUCACUUGGACCCCCACCGCAUAGAGCGCCUGGGGGCAGAAGAGAUGGCCCUGGCCACCCAUCACCCGAGUGCCUUUGACAGGGUGCUGCGGUUGAAUCCAAUGGCUAUGGAGCCUCCCGCCAUGGAUUUCUCUAGGAGACUUAGAGAGCUGGCAGGGAACACGUCUAGCCCACCGCUGUCCCCAGGCCGGCCCAGCCCUAUGCAAAGGUUACUGCAACCAUUCCAGCCAGGUAGCAAGCCGCCCUUCCUGGCGACGCCCCCCCUCCCUCCUCUGCAGUCCGCCCCUCCUCCCUCCCAGCCCCCGGUCAAGUCCAAGUCAUGCGAGUUCUGCGGCAAGACGUUCAAAUUUCAGAGCAACCUGGUGGUGCACCGGCGCAGCCACACGGGCGAGAAGCCCUACAAGUGCAACCUGUGCGACCACGCGUGCACGCAGGCCAGCAAGCUGAAGCGCCACAUGAAGACGCACAUGCACAAGUCGUCCCCCAUGACGGUCAAGUCCGACGACGGCCUCUCCACCGCCAGCUCCCCGGAGCCCGGCACCAGCGACCUGGUGGGCAGCGCCAGCAGCGCGCUCAAGUCCGUGGUGGCCAAGUUCAAGAGCGAGAACGACCCCAACCUGAUCCCGGAGAACGGGGACGAGGAGGAAGAGGAGGACGACGAGGAAGAGGAGGAAGAGGAGGAAGAGGAGGAGGAGGAGCUGACGGAGAGCGAGAGGGUGGACUACGGCUUCGGGCUGAGCCUGGAGGCGGCCCGCCACCACGAGAACAGCUCGCGGGGCGCGGUCGUGGGCGUGGGCGACGAGGGCCGCGCCCUGCCCGACGUCAUGCAGGGCAUGGUGCUCAGCUCCAUGCAGCACUUCAGCGAGGCCUUCCACCAGGUCCUGGGCGAGAAGCAUAAGCGCGGCCACCUGGCCGAGGCCGAGGGCCACAGGGACACUUGCGACGAAGACUCGGUGGCCGGCGAGUCGGACCGCAUAGACGAUGGCACUGUUAACGGCCGCGGCUGCUCCCCGGGCGAGUCGGCCUCGGGGGGCCUGUCCAAAAAGCUGCUGCUGGGCAGCCCCAGCUCGCUGAGCCCCUUCUCCAAGCGCAUCAAGCUCGAGAAGGAGUUCGACCUGCCCCCGGCCGCGAUGCCCAACACGGAGAACGUGUACUCGCAGUGGCUCGCCGGCUACGCGGCUUCCAGGCAGCUCAAAGAUCCCUUCCUCAGCUUCGGAGACUCCAGACAAUCGCCUUUCGCCUCCUCGUCGGAGCACUCGUCGGAGAACGGGAGCUUGCGCUUCUCCACGCCGCCCGGGGAGCUGGACGGAGGGAUCUCGGGGCGCAGCGGCACGGGAAGUGGAGGGAGCACGCCCCAUAUUAGUGGUCCGGGCCCGGGCAGGCCCAGCUCAAAAGAGGGCAGACGCAGCGACACUUGUUCUGCACACACCCCCAUUCGGCGUAGUUCCCAGAGAGCUCAAGAUGUGUGGCAGUUUUCGGAUGGAAGCCCGAGAGCCCUUAAGUUCUGAGAAAAUUUGAAGCCCCCGGGGGCGGGGUGGAUGCUUUGCCUCCCAGCCGACUUGACUUCAGCGUGGUCUGUCAUCUUGCUAGUUUGUGCUGUUUUCUGACAGUAGCCUCCAAGAAGCUGUUGUGGGAAGACAGAGUCCUGCAGAGUCCUUCCUGCCCGGGCCUGCAGGGCCAUUUUAUUUAUAUUUUUUAAUAAAAAGUAAAAACUAAAAAACAGACCCACAUUGGAACAGUGAAUCCGUCCCGUGCAGAGGGCCCAUGGGCUGUCCCAGCCCCGGGUGACAUCCCGGCCCUUUUGGAACCAGCCAACCCAAUUACCUGUAUUGUGGAAAUGAGCAUGAGUCCCCAGCCCCUUGUUUCUAUACAUUCUAUGUUGUCUUUUAAAAAGUGUGCUUAACAUUGACACAAUAAAUGUUGGAGCUUUA